AAAUUAUUCUAUCGGGCGCUUAUUUCGUGUAGCGGUACGGACCGUUGCGACGUCGAACAUCUAUCUCUUCAUUUCAAGUCCAUCAUGGACGCUGAAAGUCGAUUUCGAAACCCUUCUACCCUUUUUUCCCAAUCUGACCCUAUCAGGCGAUACAUUAUAGCUUCGUACUGGGUCCUUGUUGCUCUGGCACUACCCUUAUGGUGGACAACAACUAGUAUCGAACGACUUCCUCUGCCAACGUCCGAAGUUCUUGCGCAAGCCCAGAAGAAACUGGAAAUUCCACUGGAAAUAUGCCUAGAUUCUGCUUUCUCGAACCAAGUCUCCUCUAUACAAGACUCAUUGCACCACGCAUCACCAUAUCUUGACGUUCAGAUGAACAAUGGUCAAGACUGCAGUCAGUUCUGUGGUUACGCUAUUCUUCCCGGAGAGCGACCAUCUGUUGAGGAUCGAAGAUUGUAUUAUCCACCUCACGCUGAAAACCUGGCUGCUACCCUUACUUCGCUAUUUGCUCCCAAAAUUGACCAUCGUGCGGCUCAAUAUUCACCUCGGUAUCGUCUAUCUUUCACGCUUUUGAAUGAAGAUGGCUCUGCAGGUCAAGUGAUCACGAGCUGGGAUAUCCAACAGGCUUUUGCUCAACACAUUUACCCAAUUACAUCUGCUCUAGGCAUUCUGCACAAUUUCACUGUCGAGUCUCAAGUUCAAUUUCAUGCCCCCCUCGCUUUUGAGCCCCGGUCCAUUUCUAAUGGGACUGCUUUUGUACUUACCCCCGAAGAUCUAACGGUUUUCAUAAAUUCUGCUGAAUGGACGCUAUCAUCUAGUUCAUCUAAUGAUCCGGUCCUUCACUUCGUGCUUUUCGUGCCAUCUCCCGCGCGUCGACCUCUCAUAAUACUAAAUCCAGAUGGAACCCCAUCUAGUUCUAGUGCAUUCCUCAUCCCUCAAUGGGGUGGCAUCGUCAUUCUCAACCUUCCUACGCCACCACCCACCACACUAGAGCUCACCUUUCGGGACCUACGAACUCCGUUCUCGUCAUUCUCCCGCCAAUUACUAACUCUCCUUGGGUUCCCGCGUUUACCUUCAUCCCUAUCGUCUUCCCUAUCUUCCUCGAAAACUGUGUCCUCGUGGCAAAUUGACACUCUUCUCCGCCAGCGCACGCACGAGAACGUCAUGCGGAGCCACGACACUCUCCGUAGCACCGUCACUCUCGUAUCUCAAAUCGAUGGUAUGCCCGUCGACGAACAAGUCCAAUCUCAAGUUCAAGGUUCUCUUAAAGCACUCCACGAGCUUUUCGCUCAUGCACAAAACAACCUUACCCUUAAUGAAAUGUUGGUACACUCGGCUCGCGCGUUGACACUUUCGAGCAAGGCGUUCUUCCACCCCGGGAUGCUGGCAAUGUUGUAUUUCCCAGCGGAACACAAGUAUGCGGUGUAUACACCGUUGUUUGCUAGUGCUAUGAUUCCGUUGUUGGCUGCGGGGCUGAGAGAGAUUGCAGCGUGGAGGAAGGAAAGGAGGGAAGCUGCUCGUGCGGCUAAGAAAGACAAUGUCGCUGAUGCAAACUCGAAUGCCGCGGGUACGACCGCCUCUGCUAUUGUCGUACAUUGAUUGGGGCAGCGACGAACGACCUAUCAGUAUGAAAUCGUUGGGAAUGACAACACUCUUCAAAUUGCAGAGAUCAUCUCGAGAUUUACUUCCACCAUCAUAAUGAGGCGACAAAUUUAGGUGUCGAAAGUAUCCACGGUCGCGACCUGAAGGAGUUUGAGUUCAAUUAAGUAUUUACAGUGCUGUACCUU